GGCCCGGCCCCCGGGGCCAGACAGGCGGAGGGAGGCCGAACCGCCCCCCUCAGGUGUGUGCGGGGAGCUCGGCAUGAAGCUGAAGAAGCAGGUGACGGUGUGUGGGGCCGCCAUCUUCUGCGUGGCCGUCUUCUCCCUCUACCUCAUGCUGGAUCGGGUGCAGCAUGACCCUACUCGCCACCAGCACGGCGGCAACUUCCCCCGGAGCCAGAUCUCAGUGCUGCAGAACCGCAUCGAACAGCUGGAGCAGCUGCUGGAGGAAAACCAUGAGAUCAUCAGCCACAUCAAGGACUCGGUGCUGGAGCUGACGGCCAACGCCGAGGACCCCCCGGCCCAGCCCCCCGCCCAGCCCCCUGCCCAGCCGCCCUUCCGCGCGCUUAAUGGCUCCUGGGGGCUGCCGCCCGAGCCCCGGCCCAGCUUCCUGUCCAUCGCCCCCCAGGACUGCCAGUUUGCGCUGGGGGGCCGGGGCCAGAAGACGGAGCUGCAGAUGCUGGCCGUGUCGGAGGAGCUGCCCUUUGACAACGUGGACGGGGGCGUGUGGAAGCAGGGCUUCGACAUUCCUUACAGCCCCCACGACUGGGACUCCGAGAUCCUGCAGGUGUUUGUGGUGCCCCACUCGCACAAUGACCCAGGCUGGAUCAAGACCUUCGACAAGUACUAUGCGGAGCAGACCCAGCACAUCCUGAACAGCAUGGUGCUCAAGCUUCAGGAGGACCCCCGCCGACGCUUCCUCUGGGCCGAGGUGUCCUUCUUUGCCAAGUGGUGGGACAACAUCGGCGCGCAGAAGCGGGCGGCCGUGCGCAGACUGGUGGGAAACGGUCAGCUGGAGAUGGCCACCGGAGGCUGGGUCAUGCCAGACGAAGCCAACUCCCACUACUUUGCGCUCAUCGACCAACUCAUCGAGGGACACCAGUGGCUGGAGAGGAAUCUGGGAGUGACCCCUCGGUCCGGCUGGGCCGUGGACCCCUUCGGACACAGCUCGACGAUGCCCUACCUGCUGCGCCGCUCCAACCUGACCAGCAUGCUCAUCCAGAGGGUCCACUACGCGGUCAAGAAGCACUUCGCCGCCACCCGCAGCCUGGAGUUCAUGUGGCGGCAGACGUGGGACCCAGACUCCGGCACGGACAUCUUCUGCCACAUGAUGCCUUUCUACAGCUACGACGUGCCCCACACCUGCGGCCCCGAUCCGAAGAUCUGCUGCCAGUUUGACUUCAAGAGGCUGCCUGGUGGGCGGAUCAACUGUCCGUGGAAGGUGCCACCCCGGGCCAUCACAGAGGCCAAUGUGGCAGAGAGGGCGGCCCUGCUCCUGGAUCAGUACCGCAAGAAGUCCCGGCUGUUCCGCAGUAACGUGCUGUUGGUGCCGCUGGGGGACGACUUCCGCUACGACAAGCCCCAGGAGUGGGACGCCCAGUUCUUCAACUACCAGCGCCUCUUCGACUUCCUGAACGGACAGCCCGGCCUCCGGGUCCAGGCCCAGUUUGGCACGCUCUCCGACUACUUCGACGCUCUGUACAAGAGGACUGGGGUGGAGCCUGGCGCCCGGCCGCCCGGCUUCCCGGUGCUAAGCGGGGAUUUCUUCUCCUACGCCGACCGGGAGGACCACUACUGGACCGGCUACUACACCUCGCGGCCCUUCUACAAGAGCCUGGACCGCGUGCUGGAGGCUCACCUGCGGGGAGCGGAGAUCCUGUUCAGCCUGGCCAGCGCCCACGCCCGACGCUCGGGCCCCACCGCCAGCCGCUACCCCCUGUCCGACUACGCCUCGCUGACCGACGCCCGGCGCACCCUGGGGCUCUUCCAGCAUCACGACGCCAUCACGGGCACCGCUAAGGAGGCUGUGGUGGCCGACUACGGCGUCAGGCUCCUGCGUGCCCUGGUCAGUCUCAAACGGGUCAUCGUCAAUGCCGCCCAUUACCUGGUGCUGGCGGACAAGGACACGUACCACUUCGACCCGGACGUGCCCUUCCUCAGCUCGGACGACACCCGCUCGAACCACGACGCUCUGCCCGAGAGGACCGUGAUCCGCCUUGACUCUGCCCCCCGCAGGUUUGUGGUGCUGUUCAACCCACUGGACCAGGAGCGUCUGUGCCUGGUGUCUCUGCUGGUGACUUCCCCCUACGUGCGGGUUCUGUCCGAAGAGGGCCGGCCCUUGUCGGUCCAGCUCAGCGCCCACUGGGCCUCGGCCACCAGCAUGGCGCCCGGCAUCUAUCAGGUAUCCGUGCCAGCCCGCCUGCCCGCCCUGGGCCUCAGCGUCCUGCAGCUGCUCCCGGGCAGAGACGGGCAGCGCACGCUGCCCUCGUCGGUGCAUAUCUACCUGCAUGGCCGCCGGCUGCCCGUCAGCGACCACGAGGCCUUCUCGGUGAGGGUCAGCGAGGCUGCGGACGGAGAUUUCGCCCUGAGCAACCGCUACAUGCAGGCCUGGUUCUCCGGACGUACCGGGCUCUUGAAGAGCAUCAGACGACUGGACGAGGAGCAGGAGCAGCGGGUGGGCAUGGAGUUGGUUGUGUAUGGCACCCGCACCUCUAAGGACAAGAGCGGAGCCUACCUCUUCCUCCCUGACGGCGAGGCCAAGCCCUACGCCCCCAAGGAGCCCCCCGUGCUGCGGGUGACCGAGGGCCCCUUCUUCUCCGAGGUGGCCGCCUACUACCAGCACGUGCAGCAGGUGGUCCGGCUGUACAACCAACCAGGGGCAGAGGGACUGUCCCUAGAUGUCUCCUCCCUGGUGGACAUCCGCGACCACGUCAACAAGGAGCUGGCCCUGCGCAUCCAGACGGACAUCGAGAGCGACGGAGCCUUCUUCACCGACCUCAAUGGCUUCCAGGUGCAGCCCCGCCGACACCUGAAGAAGCUGCCCCUCCAGGCCAACUUCUACCCCAUGCCCGUCAUGGCCUACAUCCAGGACCGUCACAACCGCCUCACCCUGCACACCGCCCAGGCCCUCGGGGUGUCCAGCCUGGCCAGUGGCCAGCUGGAGGUAAUCCUGGACCGGCGACUGAUGCAGGAUGAUAACCGGGGUCUGGGCCAGGGCCUGAAGGACAACAAGCCCACCUGCAACCGCUUCCGCCUGCUGCUGGAGCGCCGCACGGCCUCCCCCAAGGUGUCAGACAGCCCCCCCACCGGCUUCCCGUCUCUGCUGAGCCACCUGAGCUCCAUGCACCUGAACGCUCCGGUGCUGUCCCUGCCCGUGGCCGCGGACCGGCCGGCCGGCCCCACCCUGCGCUCCUUCCGGCCCUUCUCCUCUGCCCUACCCUGCGAUGUGCACCUGCUCAACCUGAGAACCCUCCAGGCCGAGGACGACACCUCGCCCUCCACUGACGCCGCCCUCAUCCUCCACCGCAAGGGCUUCGACUGCGGCCUGGAGGCCAAGAACCUGGGCUUCAACUGCACCACGAGCCAGGGCAAGGUGGCCCUGGGGAGCCUGUUCCGAGGCUUGGACGUGACCUCCCUGCAGCCCACCUCGCUGACGCUGCUGUAUCCGCUGGGCUCGCCCUCCAACGGCACCGACGUCCAGCUGGACCCCAUGGAGAUCGCCACCUUCCGCCUCCGCCUGGGCUAGUAUCCCCCAGGGACCGUCGGGGAUCGCUCCCGUGUGCCCAAGUUUGCCGCCCUGUCCUGCUACGGCUGGCGGGCUGGAAGCCCCCUCCCCAGCUUCCCCCCUAGGGACAGGCUGGGUCUUGCCCCCUGUUCUCUAUUUAUUGUUGCUUCGGUGUUGGAGGGCCGCCCCGGGGGCUGGACCCGGGCUAAAGGGGACGGGGCUGCGGUGGCUGGUCACUGGGUCGGGGAGCCCCCGGCGUGGCAGUGUGAUGUUUCGGGGUGCAUGAAACAAUGCCCUCCCUUCUGGCUGCUGCCUUGCAGUACGAGAAGGUGCCCAGACUAGCAUGGACACCUAGAAGAGCGGCGGGUCCAAGGACCGCCACCACCUGCUUUGGUGGGGCGGGGACUUGAGGGGCAAGGUGGGGCCCGUCCGUCUCUGCUCCCGCCCCCCAGAGGCCCCCAGAGGGGAGGGGGCCUUGACAGAGCCCCCCCAUCCCUCCCGGCAAGGCGGAGCUGACCAUCUCUCCAGCUCCAAAGGAAACCCCUCGAGAGGGCACAGUGUGUGUCCAGAGUGGGCAGGCGUUCGGCACUGGGCCCGGGUCUGUGGCAACUGCUGCUGGUUUUUGUCCCGGGUCCAGGGUGGCCACUCCCUUGUCCAUCAGGCCGCCCCCGGGGCCGGGCUGCAGCGGAGAGUGGCGGGGAGGACUCUGGGUGGAAAUGGAGGCGGGGACUGUGGCUGUGUGCCCACUGCACCCAUGUGAACAAAAUUCCAUUGGAAACUCAGCACUGGCUCUGCCCUUUGUGUCACGGUGGGUAGCUGGCAGGGCCCCAGGAGAUCAGCGGGCUGUGGUCACCAUGGUGAGAGAAGUCCAGCCGGCCUGGCCCCGGUCCCGGCCCGCGGCUGCCCGAGGCUGGCCUCUUUCUCGGGGGUGGGAGUGGGGAGCCUCCACGCCACCCUGGGCGAAGGGGGCGGUCUCUGCUCGCUCCCUCCCUCUUCGCCACUCCUGGCAGCGUUGGUCACUCUGAGCCGCCGGGCCCCCGGUGAGCAACCAGUUUGGUUCUUCACCCUCUGUCCCCAUCCAGCUGGCAGGUGCCCCCGGCAGCUCCGGACAGUUGUCCCUGUCGGUCGCUUGGCGCUAGCUGACUUCCAAGUGCAGUUGGCCUUUUGGGUCGGGCCCUGCCCCUCCAGCCUCUGCCCACGCCCCAGACCCCUGGCUAUGUUGGCCUCUCUGUUCCCCCAGACCCUGCUCCCCCAGCCCUGUUGUCACCCCAGACCCCUGCCUACAUCGGGCCUCUGCUUCCUCAUCCUCUGCUCUCUAGUUUACCCCCACGCCCAGGCCCAAGUCCCCGACCUCUCUGCUCGGGCCCUGCUCCCCCUUCACUCAGGCCCAGUCCCUGCUCUUCCGGCUUCCAACCCCAGCCUGGACUCCUGCCCCACAUUCGGCCUCCCUCUGGGUCCCGUUCCUCCAACCCCUCUUCGCUCACAGCCUCUCAUCCACUCCCCAGACUCACCUGGCUCACACUAGGCCUCUGCUCCCCAAGGGCCCUGCCCACCCUAGGCUCCUAUUCCCUGGCCUUUGCCCAUGCCUGGGGCUUGCUCCCCAAACCCUGGGUCCUUUCUUCCUUGGCUUCACCCCAAGUCUCCUCUCCACUGGCCUCCAUUCCCAGAAUUCACUCCUCCCCCAGCUCCCUUUCUUUCUGGCACCCACCAGAAGCACCCCACCCACCCACUCCCUCCAUCCAGUUCUGAUGGGAGUGGGGUGACAGCCCGGAAGCGUCUUCCCCUUCAUUCGUUUUCAGGGCAAGCUGCCUCUGUUCCCCUUUCCCCCCCACUCUUGGGAGCUGGCCCUUUCAAACUCCGUCCUGUACCCAGUUCUCCCCUUCUGGAUGGAAGUCUCGUGAAGUAAGAGGUCAGGUCCUGACAAUGCACAAAAAGGCACUACCAACUGUCUUUGCUGGAGUCCCCCCAGCUGUCUGAUUCCUGUCAGCCUCCGGGCUUGGCCUGGGCCUGAGCCUUCUGACCCAGUGUUCGCCUGGGGGAGGCCGCCACUCUCUGGGGACGUGCUCUCUGGGAACAUUCACUCUGGUCACUCAGAAGCCGCCCGGGGGAGUCAGGAUUAGAACCUAGGUCCUUCUGACUCCCAGCCCAUUGCUCUGUCCACUAGGCCACACUGUUUCUCCGGCUUGGUAGAAGUGUUCUCUGCCCUUGAGGAGCAAACGGCCUAGGUGAGGAGCUUAAGAAGAGUUGGGUGGUCCUUCAAUAAAUCAAUCAGUUAUAAUUAUUGAG